AUGUAUCUUACAGGAGUAAGGCAGCACAACGUGGUCCCUGAACCAUCCCUCGUCUCAGAUGUGACGCACGUUGCCCUCGCUUUCAUGCAAUCGUCAAUCUUCAAUAGGAACUCAACCUCGAGCUGGCCUCUCUUCACCACAGUUGAUGCUGUCCGUACCGAAUUCUCGAACGGAACAUCAAUCCUCAUCUCCAUCGGUGGAUGGGGCGACACGCAGGGAUUUUCCACGGCUGCUCGGACGGACGAGAGCCGGAAGCUCUUUGCGGAGAACAUUAGGCGGAUGGUGGACGAUACCGGGGCGGAUGGAGUAGAUAUUGACUGGGAGUAUCCUGGAGGCAACGGCGAAGACUACAAACGAAUCCCCAACUCGGAGAAAUUUUGGGAAACCGCAGCAUACCCCCAACUUCUGGCAGAGAUACGAGCAGCCAUCCCGGACAAACUGAUAACCGCCGCCGUUCCAGGCCUUCCACGAGACAUGUUGGCUUUCACAAAAGAGACUAUACCCUCUAUCAGCGCCUCAGUUGAUUUCCUCAACGUGAUGACAUACGACCUCAUGAACAGACGAGACACUGUAACGAAACAUCACACUGGCGUACAGCUGUCCCUGGAGUCAAUAGAUGCAUAUAUAGAGGCCGGCAUGCCGCCUGAAAAGCUCAACCUCGGCCUCGCGUACUAUGUUAAAUGGUUCAAGACCGUGCCAGGCGAACAGUGCGCAAAACAGCCAAUUGGAUGUCCGACUGUUUUAAUGGAGGACCCGGAUACGGGUGCGGAUCUUGGACAAGCAGGCGCAUUUUCAUGGAAUGAUCGAGUUCCCCAAGAGCUGGCUGCGAGUUUUGAAAAGGCCAAAAUAAGUGGUGAAUAUGAUCCUUUUGGCGGCGGCUAUUACUUCUGGGACUCGAAUGAAAACAUCUUCUGGUCGUGGGACACAGCAAAUGCUAUUAAAAGAAAGUUUCCUGCUAUUUUGGAGAAGAGAAAGCUCGGUGGCGUGUUUGCUUGGGGCUUGGGUGAGGAUGCUCCUGAGUUUGCGCACCUCAAGGCAACGACUGCUGGCCUCGGGGACUCUUCGGCAGCGCCCGGCGGCAAGCUAAGUACAAGUAGGAAAGAUGAGUUAUGA